AUGUCAACUUAUCAACCAUACACAGAAUAUUCCGUCGCCCAUGGAGGUGGGUUUGAAACCAAUCAUGAAUCAAGAACCAAUAGUUCUGAUUCCUCUACUACAAAGAUGUCCACUUGUAUUCCUGUGACCAUUAAGCAAAUUUUGGAGUCCACUCAAGAGAUUCAAGACGGUCCCUUUGUUUCGCAUGGCCAAGAACUGGUAUAUGUCUCCUUUGUUGGUGUCAUUAGAAAUAUCACGGACCAUACAUCUAACAUUGUAGUCACCGUAGAGGACGGUACUGGUCAGCUGGAAGUUAGAAAAUGGAGUGAUAAUGUAAAUGAUAUCAAUGCAGCUUCAGACAGUCUGGAUACUAACAGCAAUAAUGGCAACAACCAAGGUAGUUCGCAGAUUGCUCAGCAGUACAAAAUUGGUACAUAUGUAAAGGUACAUGGUGCUUUAAAAGAUUUUGGUGGGAAGAAAAAUAUUCAAUACAGUGUGAUCACUAACAUAAAUUCUUUCAAUGAAGUAUUGACACACCAUCUGGAAGCAAUCAAAUGGCAUGCUAUCGCCAUUGGCAAAUUGCCUAAUCCAAGUAAUCAAGAUCCAAAUAAUAAUGGUCAAUCUUUGUUUGUUAAAGAUGCAGACUCAUCUCAUAACAUAAAUAACAUCAACGGCAAUAAUAAUAAUAGUAGUACUGCUAAUGCAGCUAAGGCUAUUUUAGAUUUCUGUAGGAAGGAAUGUGCAGGUAAAGAUGCUAAUCAAUUUGCUGUUCCAAUCCAACUGAUGGUUCAAAGUUUGAAUCUAGAUGAAAGUGUGGUAAGAGAGUGUUGUACUACGCUAACAGAACAAGGGUUUAUAUAUCCUACAUUUGAUGAUGAUAACUAUUUUGCCUUAUAA